UCACCUGGAGAGGGAGGAGCCCAGAAGUGUCUUCCAGGGCCGCGGCACUCAUCCCGGCUCAGAGCUCUGUGGGGUGGCGGUUGUAGCGCUGUAACGACCGAUCCCUGGGCCUGCCCGGUGCGGACCUCGCUUCGGCAGUACGGAGCCUGCUUGCGGGCUUCCCCCCUUUUCCUUUUUUCUUUUGCAAGGAAAACCCGAGGAUCUGAAGUGCGGAGGAGAAAGCCCCCCAACCGCGUCUCACAAAGUUUGGGCGUCCGGAGGGCGAACUGGGAUCUUGCCUCAUGCGGGGCGAGACAGCCCUGAGCCGGGCUCAGGCACGCAGGUCCUUUGAAGUUGCACCGUGGGACUUCGGCCAUGGGCAGCUGCGUGGGAAGACAGCGCAGAGAGGGGCCGAUCACCCCGGGAAACCCGCGCAAGCGAGCCGGUCGGAAUGAACCUCUAAAAAAGGAUCGCCCCAAAUGGAAGAGUGAUUACCCAAUGACGGAUGGGCAACUAAGAAGCAAGCGGGAUGAAUUUUGGGACACAGCCCCUGCCUUUGAGGGACGCAAGGAGAUUUGGGAUGCACUCAAGGCUGCUGCCUAUGCUGUGGAGGCAAAUGAUCAUGGUCUAGCACAAGCCAUUAUUGAUGGUGCUGGAGUUACCUUGCCUCAUGGCUCACUUACUGAGUGCUAUGAUGAAUUGGGUAACCGAUACCAACUUCCUGUAUACUGCCUGGCACCACCUAUUAACUUGAUUAUGGAGUGGAGUGAAGAGGAGGGUGCAGAACCUCCAGAGCCGGCACCCAAUACUCGCCGUGAAUUCCCACUGAAAGUGCGCCUCUCAUCUGGCAAGGAUCUACGUCUGAAUGCCAGCAUGACGGACACAAUUGGACAACUUAAGAAGCAACUCUACGCCCAGGAAGGACUGGAGCCUGCAUGGCAACGUUGGUUUUUUUCUGGCAAGUUGCUGACAGAUAGGACCCGCCUGCAAGAGACUAAAAUCCAGAAAGACUUUGUAAUUCAAGUAAUUGUCAAUCAGCCCUCUGUACCAAGGAACUGAGCUAGAGAUAGUUGUUGUGACUCCCAGUUUGACCAAGAGACUGAGCAGAAACUUGUGUGAACAGGUGUCUGUUCUAUGCAUCUAGAGAAACAGAUAGUGCAUUUAAAAGCACACUGGCAGAGUCCAAAGCCUUUGAAGGGUUGCACAUGCUGUCUCGCUGCAGGACACAGUCAGCAACCUAGGCAGUAGUACGGAUGUGCAAUAUUCAAAGUGGUUUCUGUUUCUCCCAGUGGUUUGCUUCUCAUGACUAUCUGGGCUAGAUUUUUACCUUCCCCAAGCUCCAAAGAAUUAGUUACCUCACCCAUUUCUAGGUUCGGCUGGCACCGAAACAAUGUCUCCUUCCUUUCCCUU